AUGCGUUUGUUCGAACACGAACAUGUCGAAGGCAAAUCCUGGCCAGCGAUCAUCAUAGGCCUCUUCGUGGCCUUUGGUGGUGUCCUUUAUGGAUAUGAUACUGGUACCAUUAGCGGUAUCCUGGCCAUGCCUUACUGGCAGACUUUGUUCUCCUCCGGAUAUCACAACCCAUCUGGCCACCUAGAUGUGACUCCAUCGGAAUCCUCAGCCAUUGUAUCCAUUCUUUCUGCCGGUACCUUCUUCGGGUCUCUCUCUAGCCCAGCACUUGGUGACACAAUUGGUCGCCGAUUGGGAUUGAUUGUGUCCUCUUUUGUCUUUAUUUUCGGCGUUGUACUGCAGACAGCUGCCACAAGCGUGCCUCUAUUUCUAGCUGGUCGUUUCUUUGCUGGCUUUGGCGUUGGCCUUAUCUCUGCCCUGAUUCCUCUCUACCAGUCCGAGACGGCACCUAAAUGGAUCCGCGGUGCUAUUGUUGGUGCUUACCAACUGGCAAUCACAAUUGGUCUUUUACUGGCUAAUAUUGUGAAUAAUGCCACUCAUAACCGGCAGGAUACAGGCUCAUACCGAAUCCCCAUUGCUGUUCAGUUCGCUUGGGCAAUUAUUCUUAUUGGCGGCAUGAUCUUCCUCCCAGAAACCCCGCGAUACCUUCUUAAGCGAGGUCGCGAUGCCGACGCAGCAAAGUCACUGGCUAAGAUCCGUCGUCUAACAACAGAUCACUCGUCAGUUGUAGAGGAAUUGGCCGAAAUUCGAGCUAAUCACCAAUAUGAGCUCAGCAUUGGCACGGCCACUUAUCUCGACUGUUUCCGUGGCACCAUGUUGAAGCGGCAACUCACCGGCAUGGGCCUUCAAGCGUUGCAGCAGCUCACUGGUAUCAAUUUCAUCUUCUAUUAUGGCACACAAUACUUUAAGAACUCGGGUUUCACCAACCCCUUCAUCAUUUCAAUGAUCACUUCAACGAUCAAUGUGGUGUCGACUUUCCCUGGCCUGUAUGCUUAUGAUCUUUGGGGAAGGCGUCCACUUCUUCUCUGGGGCGCCAUUGGCAUGUGUAUAUCCCAGCUACUCGUAGCAGUCCUCGGCACAAGCACCACCAGCCAGGAUCAUCUUGGUAAUAUCAUCGUCCAUAACGUUGCCGCCCAAAAGGCAGGUAUUGCAUUCGUGUGCCUGUAUAUCUUCUUCUUUGCCUCGACUUGGGGUCCUCUGGCGUGGGUUGUUACAGGCAAGUACUGUUUGCAUAUGCAAUCCCUAUUAGAAUGUGCCGCUGAUGCAUAUCACGCUCAGGCGAACUCUUCCCUCUCAAGCAUCGCGCUCGAGUGGCUUGUCAACUGGGCUCUUGCGUAUUCUACACCAUACUUAGUAAACUAUGGUACAGGAUAUGCAAACCUACAAUCCAAAAUCUUCUUUAUCUGGUUUGGAUGCUGCUUCCUCUGCAUUGCCUUCGUGUGGUUUUUCAUCUAUGAGACCAAGAAUCUCACUCUCGAAGAGGUUGAUGAGUUGUAUCAAGAGGUCUCUUCGGCUCGGAAGAGUACAAACUGGGUACCCACAGUCCACUUCAGGGAGCGUGGUACUGAUAUCAAAGAAGUGCGACAGCAUGAGGAGAUAGCUUUAGAUGGUAUUACCGCUUAG